CACAACAAAAUGGCCAAGAGUUUCUCAUCACUCAUCAAUCUGGUGCUUCUGAUCUCUGCAGCUACGUUGCUUUUGGGUCACGCAAGUGCUCGCAACUUGCAGCAGACUCAGACUAUGCCUCUUCAAGGAGCUGCUUCUCCUACCAAAGCUGAGUCUCCUGCCGUCGAUGUCCCUCUAGACGAAAGUAAGAACUUCAUUGUAGGCGGUGCUGCCGGAAUAGGCGGAUUCAUGGGGAUGCCAGGUGGUGGCACCGGUAUGACAUUGCCGCUUCCAUCCGGGACACCGCUUAUUGGUGGGUCCGGUGCGUUUGGUGGUUUGGGCGGUGCAAUGGGUUUUCCUGGUGCUGGAGGUAAUGGUGGCGGUUCUAUUCCGAGCUCAGGAGGUGGUUUGGUGUCUCCAUGAAAGAGAUUAAUAUCAUUUGGUCUCUAGCUUUAAGAUAUGUCUGGUUUCUUUUGUGUUCUAGUUUGGAUCAUUGUGCUUGUCUUUUGCAGAAUUUUCUCAUCACUUGUUUUAUGUUGUUGAUGUUGUUGUGUUGCUUGUUAUUUCCUUUCCUUUAUCAAUUUCCUCUAUUAAUAAGAAAUCGUGUGGUGUG